CGCUCUUUCAAUAGCACUUGGUGUUCAGCGCCGCCAUAUUUCCUCGUGCUGAUAAAAGGCGCACCUGGUUUGGAGAAGAAAGUUCGUUCUCAGUCGUCAUUACAUAAGAAGAAAUGUCAGACCCAGAAAAGCCACCUGUUGAUGAAGGUGUGGAAGAAAUUGCUGCUGAUGAAGAGGAUGCAGGACCAGAUGAUGAGAUGGGAGCUCCACAGUUCACAGGGGACAUGGCCGCCCAGUUUCUGCAGAAUCCCGAAUUUCUGGCUGCAAUUCAAGGUCGUCUAGGUCAAAUGAUUGGCUCGCCCUCGGGGUAUAUUCAAAGCUUACCAAAAGUUGUCAAGCGGCGGCUAAAGUCCUUGAAGAAGUUGCAGUUUGAGAUGUUGCAGAUAGAGUCUAAAUUUUAUGAAGAGGUCCAUGAGUUAGAGUGCAAAUAUGCUGCACAAUAUGCUCCUCUGUCAGAGAGGAGACGUGAUAUAGUAAGUGGCACUCUAGAACCUACAGACUCUGACUGCGACUGGCCAAGUGACGCUGAAGAAGAUGAUGAAUUAGCUACCAAGUCCAGUCCCAAGAAGAGAAGAUUGGAGGAAGAUGAAUUGAAACAAAAGGCAAAAAUAGUAGAACUUACGCCAGAAGGAGAAGAGAAGACAGAUGAUGGAGAAAAGGAAGAAGAGAACCCUAGUGGAAUUCCAGGAUUCUGGUUGACCAUAUUUAAGAACGUUGACAUGCUCUCAGACAUGGUGCAGGAGCAUGAUGAAGCCAUUUUGCAACAUUUAAAUGAUAUUAAAGUCAAAUUUACACCAAUGGACUCUGGACCUAUGGGUUUUACACUAGAAUUUCACUUUGAACCCAAUGAGUUCUUUAACAAUUCUGUCCUAACAAAGCACUACAUAAUGCGAUCAGAACCUAACAGAGAGGAUCUGUCUUCUUUUGAGGGCCCAGAAAUUAUCAAGUGCACAGGCUGUACAAUUGAUUGGAAGAAAGGCAAGAAUGUGACAAUCAAGCAGAUUAAGAAGAAACAAAAGCACAAAGGGCGGGGCACCACACGGAUGGUCACCAAGACAGUCCAGAAUGAUUCCUUUUUUAAUUUCUUCAACCCUCCACAGGUUCCUGAAGGAGAUGGGGAGGAGGAGGAAGGAGAUGAAGACACAGAAGCUCUCCUGGCUGCUGAUUUUGAAAUUGGCCACUUUAUCCGUGAGCGUGUGGUCCCGAGGGCAGUCCUUUAUUUUACUGGAGAGGCCUUGGAAGAAGACGAGUUUGAAGAUGAGGGGGAAGAAGAGGGAGAAGCAGAGGAAGGAGAGGAGGAUGAAGAUGCAGAUCCAGAUUAUCAACCACCACAGGAGAAGUCUUAGUGAGGACAGAGGCUGACCCUAGCAAGCCCCCAGAGUGUAAACAGCAGUAGAUGUUAUGUCAGGAAGGAGAGACAAAAGAAGGAAAUAUACCACACAAGUUCAAAUUUGGACUUUUCUUACUGCAGGGGACGGCAUUUUUUUAUCUUUGAAAGAGAACAAAAGAGCACUUUAUUGUUAAAAUGCAUGAUAUUUAUUUUGCUAAAGGAAAAGAAAGAAGGCACUAAGCUAAGUUUCAUAUGUAUUGAACAAACAGUAGCAAGAGAUCAGCUGUGGCCAGUGUGACCUGUCUCUCAGUUUCAUCAACUGUAGGAUGUACUUGUUGCUUUUCCAGCUGCGUGUCUUCAGAAUCCAUCUUUUAAUGCCCCCAUCUCUGGCCUACCCUUCUAUGUUGGUGGAUUGAUGUCAUUUUACAGUAUAUCAGCUUCAACAACAAAAACUAUAGCAACAUUGAGAGGGGAUAUUGGCAUAUUGCAUUUCAUGUUUAAUGCUCCCUUAUUACAUUUUGAUAGACUUGAUGUAGGCUUAGAUUAGGAAGGUCCACAACUUGGAUGCCCCCCCCCUUCUCAUGUAUACUAGCAUUUGAAACAUGCUUAAUAAAAAGAACCCUUCAGUUUUUGGUGACAAUAUAAAUCUCUAUAAUGUUUGUCAACAGUAAUGCUGGUGAAAAAUACGUAAUGGAUAAAAUUAAUUGAAUUUAAUGUUAUAUUACAGUAGCUGGAAAUACUGGAACUUUUCCUCACUGUGUCACAAUUAUUGGUCUUAGUAUGAAAUUGAGAUGUUCAGUGUAUUUAUGAAUUUUGCUUUAGUUUUAUACGAGGUUGUAGAAACUACAAUGCAUUUGAAACCAGUGUUGCUGCAGAUUUGCUCUUAUCUUUCUCAAGUGUUCUGCAAGUAAACUUGUUGGCUUUGUUAUAAGUGGGAGGAGAUGUCUAUUUUGUACAGAAUGUUUUGUUUUUGUUACAGGCUUUCACAUAAAUGUCUCAUCAUUGCAGUGUUUCUGUCUGUUAGAAGCAAGAGCCAGUAGACUUCAGUAUCCAAGCUUUUGAAUGCCUCUAGUGUGUGAAAAAGCUUGGCUGUUAUUCACUAAAAGGAAAAUACAUCUCAUGACAUUAAGCCCCUCUAUUUUUUCACAAAAACAAUAAUUAGUAGUGUAAAAUUGGAUCUCUUGCUCCAGUAAAUUUUAAGAAUUAUUUCCAACAUUAGACCUCGAGAAAUGUUGACCGUUGUAUCUUCACCAGCACUUUGUUUGGCUGGGCAGAGGAAACGGGUCUUAUUUUGCUGGAAUAAUAAAUGUGAAAGUUCA